AUGGAGAUUAUCAAGCACGUCGCCAAAAACGACAAAGGCUGGGAAAGAUGGAAGGAGGAAGCUGAGAAUAUGAGGAAGCUUGCACACGAACACAUUUUGAAGCUACUCCAUACGACUUACGAUCUAUACCCUGAGUUGGAAUUGGCAUAUAUACAGGGUGGUCCUCUAUCGAAAUUGAAGAAUGUAACGGUUCCCGAGAGCGUAUUGGUUCUUGCUCAGUGUCUUUCGGCCUUGGCAUAUCUGCAUGAGAGGCAGCUAGCGCAUUGCGAUCUAUCACCAAAUAAUAUUCUCAUCAGGAAACAAGAUCCCUUCCAGGUUGUCCUUACAGACGUUAGACUAUCUAAGAAUACUGCAGAGUUACAGACUUAA